UUAAAAUGGAAAUUGUCAAAAGGAACUGGUCUGUUUAGGGUAGAAGGCAUCAUGGAACAAGGUCAAGUGCUUCUUAAUAACAUGACAAAGUCAUAUUACAACAAUACCCGUAUAAUCCACUGCAUCCAAAAAUGUGACGAAAUGUCUACCUGUCACAGCUUUAACUGGUAUAUAGGUCUGGGCCUGUGUCAGCUGAACAACGAAACCCAUUUGUCUUAUCCAGAGGGGUUUGUCCAGAACAAAACUGGGAAUUAUGUGGUUUAUGGCGUUCGUCCUUUGGCAACUUGCAGCAACCAGAUGUGUGAAGGACCAAGAGUUUGUUUGAUGGGGGAAGAUGGAAUUAACUUCCGCUGUAAAGAUAAUUGUACUACGGCAUUGGGAAUGCAAGAUGGUCGUAUUAAGAAUUCUCAGAUUAGCGCCUCGUCGUCAUGGAGCAUGAGUAGCCAUGCACCCCAUUUAGCUCGUUUAAACUUGGCAGGAGGUUGGGUUUCGAAGGUUGUGUAUCCACAACAAUAUCUUCAGAUUGACCUUAUCACUACGCACAUAAUAAGCGAAGUUGCUACACAAGGACGAGAGAUUGCUCUUAAUCUUAAUCAUUGGGUGAAAAAGUAUUACCUCAAAGUUUCCGAAGAUACUCUCGGAUGGGAACCGUAUAAAUACGGGGGCACAUUAAGGGAAUUUAAAGGCAACGUGGACAAGACGUCUGUUGUUUCUCACAAACUUCCAAUUCCAAUCAAAGCAAGGGCCAUUCAAUUUGUAAUUCUGGAGUGGGCAAGUCACAUCUCGAUGAGGGUGGAGCUCUAUGGAUAUGAGAAUGUCAUCGGAAUAUCUUUGAACAUCAUCAGUGUCUGCCUGGGAGCAUUAUUUCAGUUAAUACUAGGGAAAUUGUCAAUGGGAAAUUUAUUUCAAAUGGGAGGCAUCAUGAUACCACCUGGACAAGUGCUUCUAACUAGCGUGACGCAGUCCUAUUACGGUAAUGCCCGUAUGAUAAACUGCAUCGAAAAAUGUGGAGACAUCUCUACAUGUCACAGUAUUAAUUGGUACAGAGAUCUGGGAUUGUGUCAGCUGAACAACGAMACUCAUCUGUCGUAUCCUGAGGGUGUUGUCGCAAACUCAACUGGAGAUUACAUGAUUUACGGCGUUCAUCCAAUGGUAAUUUGCAGCAACAAGGUGUGUACCGAACGAAGMUUUUGCCUAAUGGAGGAAGAUGGUAUGGACUUUAGAUGUAAAGAUAAUUGCAGUUCGGCAUUGGGGAUGGAAGAUGGUCGCAUCAAAGAUUCUCAACUUAGUGCAUCUUCGUAUUACCRCGACAACCUUGGACCACAAAGAGCUCGCUUAUACUCAAAUGUCCCAGAUGGAAGUUGGGCAGCGAGACACUACGUUGCUGGUCAAUACCUUCAGAUCGAUCUCCUUUCUUCUCAUGUCAUCACACAUGUCGCCACACAAGGAAGAGAGUAUCGGUACCAUCAAUGGGUAACUAAGUAUUACCUCAUGUAUAAAUACAGAGGUGUAAUCUGGAAAUCUUACAGAUAUGGUGGCACUGUUAAGGAGUUUGAAGGCAACGUCGACAAGAAAUCCGUUGUUACUCACAAGCUUCCAGCACCAAUCAAAACGGACGCUAUUCGGUUUGUUGCUCUAGAGUGGCAUAGCGGCAUUGCAUUGAGGGUGGAGCUCUAUGGGUGUACUGCUAAUUAAAGGUUAAUUCACUUAUUAGAAGGAACAGAUGGAAAUUGUUUUAGUAGCAAAGUUUGGAUUUAGAAGUAAACUCGUUGAAAAAAGACUUUAAUCUGAUACUGCUGUUAGUAGGAGGUCCAAAUAGCACAUUUCUGUCAAUUACAUGUCGAAUAUUCAUCGGAUGACUUUUAUACCCCGCUAAAUACAUCCAGAACUGAGGCAUUUGCUCCAGUGCGCAUGGGAAAGAAAUGAAGACAUUUCUUUGAUGAAAUUUGAUCUAGUUUUGGUAAUGAUGAAACAACUACUUAAAGUCAUACGUGCAUCCUUCUUGAUUUUGAACAAAUUAGACAUCAUUUACAAAUUAGACAUCAUUUACAAAACAAAAUGAGCGAUCGCAAAGUUUCUUAGGUGCMCCUUUGGUUUUUAAGUGAUAAAAAGAAAUUUUGAUUAAAAAAAAUCCUUAACCUACAUUUUAAUUAAAGAAAAACCCUCUAAUAAACUUUAUCACCUUGAUUCUGUUCUGCUCCUCUUGAUAUUUUCUUGUUUUUCGUGAAUAGUUUGUUUGCGUCAUCCAUCCAAAUGACCACCUAAGGUUCUGUUUGCAUCCAUAUUUUAUUACUUGCAUUUUGGAGCUAAGAAUGUUACAGUAAAUAAUAAAUCAAUCAGAUAGAUAAGGUGGUUAGUAUGUAGCUAAGGAAAAGAAAGAAAAAUCGAUCAGA